CUUAAAAUAUCAGCUUCAACUGCAUAUGAUGGAGAAUUCAAACUAGUUCCUGUCAAUUCUGAGAAACCAUUAUCAUUUCAUUCAGAAAUUGGUGAUAUUCAAUUAUUAUUAAGGGUUAAAGAUUUUUAUGGUUCCAAAGAUCAUGAUAAAUCAUCAAGUAAAGAUUCUGAAUAUUUCAAAUCAAAUCCAAAUUCCAAUAUUUCUAUUCAAAUAAGUUUCACUCCAAACCAAGAUGGUAUAACUGGUGAUAAAUUAUUAUUUGGUAAUGAUUUUGAAUAUCCAAUUAAAGAUUAUUUACCUUAUGGAACUUCUACCGGAUUGAAACUGUUUAAAAACUAUGUUGAUCCAAGUGUUGAUGGUGAUUUGUUUGCUGAGAAACCAUAUCUUUAUGGUAAAGCCCUUUCAAGUUUUAAUGUCAUAAAUGAUAAAUUGAAGCCAAAUUCUAACGAAGGUGAGAAUCAUUUCAUAAAAGAAGAUUUGGUAAAUGAUGAACCAACUUCAGAUAAAUUGUUGAUCCCUGUUGAAUCAACAGAUCGUCAAAAGUUUUUCCAAGAUAUUAAAAACCUUGAAGGAUUUGAAUUUAAAAAAGGUCAUACAUAUACUUUUGAUUUUUCCUCUGGGUUGGUUAGUUUGAAAAAUUCAAACUUUAAUAUCAAGUUACCAGGUGGAUUUGAAGUGAAUUUGUCUAAUUACUUGAAUGAAAAGUUUAAUAGUGUGAGAUAUGUUUUGAAGAAAGGAACAAGUGCUGAAUUGGGUGUUGAAUUUGGUGAACCAAUCUUGAUUAUUAAUUUUGAAUUGGUAGAU